GCCGACUUCCGGUUGGUGCGACUUCCGGCGGCGCUUUGAGCGUGCGAAGAUGGCUGCAACCAAGAGGCAGCGUGGAGCUGGCAAGGGAGCCCCGGCAGAGCCGAGGAGGAAACGCGCCAAGAGAGCUCCGGGGACAGAGGGCGAGGGCCAAGGCCCGUCCGCUGAGGCCACCCCGGGGCCGGAUGAGCACGUCGUCCCGGCCCCGGUCUCGCAGGGCAAAUGGAAAAACAAAGAGAGAGUUCUCAUUUUCUCUUCCAGAGGAAUCAAUUUUAGGACAAGGCAUCUCAUGAAAGACUUAAGAACAAUGAUGCCCCAUGCUAAAGCAGACACCAAAAUGGACAGGAAAGAUAAGCUGUUUGUAAUUAAUGAGGUAUGCGAAAUGAAAAAUUGCAAUAAAUGCAUAUUUUUUGAAGCAAAGAAGAAGCAGGAUCUUUAUGUGUGGCUUUCAAAUGCCCCCCAUGGACCAUCAGCAAAGUUUCUAGUACAGAAUAUUCACACGCUGGCCGAGCUGAAAAUGACUGGGAAUUGUUUGAGAGGCUCCCGGCCCAUUCUGUCUUUUGAUAAGGCGAGUAUCAAUCUCUUAGGAUACCAUAUUACCUUCUGUUAUCUUACAAUCAAUUUUUUUUGGCCGAUUUCUAAAAUACUGACUUUCUUCCCACAGACUUUCGACCAGGAGCCACAUUAUGCUGUGCUGAAAGAGCUGUUCAUUCAGAUUUUUGGUACUCCUCUGUAUCAUCCCAAAAGCCAGCCUUUUGUAGAUCACGUCUUCACAUUCUCCAUAACAGACAAGAGGAUUUGGUUUCGAAAUUACCAGAUAAUAGAAGAUGGAGCCCUGGUAGAAAUUGGGCCGCGCUUUGUCUUAAACCUUAUCAAGAUCUUCCAGGGCAGUUUUGGAGGACCAACCCUGUAUGAAAAUCCUCAUUACCAGUCUCCAAAUAUGCAUCGCCGGGCAAUAAGACUAGCCACAGCUGCAAAAUUCAGAGAGAAGCAACAAUUGAAAGAGCUGCAGAAACUGAAGAAGAAGGAAGAGAAGCCGCUGAUUCCUGAAGAUCCCACAGAAGUUGUUUUUGAAACGCCAGCUGAGGAAAAGCCUGAGGAAAUACAGCUAGUGAAGCCAGAGCCCAAAAUGAGCCUGAAGAAGAAAAAGAAAAACAAACUACAUCAGCGCUCGAGGAAGCUGAAGAGAAAACUUGGUGGAACUGGAGUCUGAAACAUUUAAAAAGGGGACUUUUUAAAUUAUCUACAACCAUUUAAACAGCUUUUACUACUUUUUUGUAACUGGUUUGUGUACAUUAACUUUAUAAACUGUCUGCAUCAUUGA